CUAGGGGGAAAGGAGGUGCAAUUUUUAGUAGAUACUGGUGCAACAUACUCGGUUUUAAAUGAUUUAUGUGGACAGAUAGGGAAAAAGACAACUACAAUAGUGGGAGCCACAGGGAAAGAGGAAACCCGGCCAUUCAUGCAACCCCUAGAAUUACGAUUUGGGGGAAAGGAAAUAUGGCAUGAAUUUUUGUAUAUGCCUGAUUGUCCAAUCUCCCUGCUGGGACGGGAUUUGUUAUCUAAAUUAAAUGCGAGAAUUGUCUUUGAGAAUGGAGAAUUGAUUAUGCAAGUUCCAGAAUCGAAGUCAGGACAGAUACUAGUGUUGAAGGAAAAUCCAAAAGUUCAAAUACCCAGAGAAGUAGAAGAGGCAGUGAUCCCUACAGUAUGGGAAACUGAUAUACCAGGGAAAUCGAAAAUGGCUCAACCGAUAGUAGUAGAAUUGAAGGAAGGAAAGAAACCAGUGCGAAUAAAACAAUAUCCCAUCAAAUUAGAGGCCCGAUAUGGAAUAGUGAAAAUUAUUGAAAAAUUUUUAAAAUUUGGAAUAUCAGAAGAAUGUGAAUCAGAAUAUAAUACCCCAAUUUUCCCAGUAAAGAAACCAAAUGGAGAAUAUAGAUUAGUACAGGACUUAAGGGCUAUUAAUGAAAUCACGAAAGAUAUACACCCGGUAGUAGCUAACCCAUACACAUUGUUAACAUCUGUGAAGGAGAAAUACAAAUGGUUUACAGUACUUGAUUUAAAAGAUGCCUUCUUCUGUAUUCCUCUCGACAAAGAUAGUAGGAAACUCUUCGCUUUUGAAUGGGAGAACCCACAUAAUGGACGAAAAAUGCAGUUAACAUGGACAAGGCUUCCACAGGGAUUCAAGAACAGUCCAACGCUCUUUGGGAACCAGCUGGCAAAAGAAUUGGAAUCAUGGACAAUGCAGGAGAAAUUUCAGGUACCACGGUCACAAUAUCUUCUGCUACAAUAUGUGGAUGAUAUUUUAAUUGCAACAGAACACAAAUCAGUAUGUAUCCAGGUGACAAUUGGAAUUUUAAACCAAUUAGGCCUUAACGGGUACAAAGUCUCGAAAGAGAAAGCUCAAAUUGCCUGCACAACUGUAUUAUAUUUGGGUUGCGAAAUAACACAGGGACAACGACGACUAGGAAUGGAUCGUAUUAGAGCAAUCUGUGCGAUUCCAGAGCCUCAAAAUUUACAUGAAUUAAGGACAUUCUUGGGUAUGGCAGGCUGGUGUAGGUUGUGGAUACUGGAUUAUGGACUUAUAGCAAAACCUCUGUAUGAGGCACAGAAGUCACCAACUUUCAUCUGGGAAGGACCUCAGAGGGAGGCCUUUAAGAAAUUAAAAGAAGCCCUGACUAAGGCACCAGCAUUAGCCCUGCCAGAUUUAACUAAGGACUUCCAGUUGUUUGUCCAUGAAAGGCAACGGCUGGCACUAGGGGUCUUGACACAGAAGUUAGGAAGCUGGAAACGACCAGUAGGGUACUUUUCUAAACAAUUAGACCCCGUGAGUGCUGGCUGGCCAUCGUGUUUGAGAGCGGUAGCAGCAACGGUGACCCUGAUACAAGAAGCCAGAAAACUGACUUUAGGGAAGCGUAUUGAGGUAUAUGUGCCUCAUAUGGUGUUAACAGUCCUAGAGCAAAAAGGGGGGUAUUGGCUUUCCCCUAGCAGGAUGAUGAAAUACCAGGCAGUACUGACCGAACAAGAUGAUGUAAGUUUAAAAACAACUAAUUUGUUAAAUCCAGCAGCCUUCUUAGGAGUACCUAUGGAAGACGGCCCUUUGGAACAUGACUGUGUGGAAGUUAUCGAACACACUCAUGCAACAAGGGCUGACUUAAAGGAUACCCCACUUGAACAGCCUGAUCAAGAACUUUUUACAGAUGGAAGUAGUUAUGUAGAAAACGGGACACGAUAUGCCGGAUAUGCGGUAACCACGCAAAAUAGGGUAAUAAAAGCAGAGGCUCUUCCUGUAGGAACUUCAGCACAGCUAGCAGAAAUAAUAGCUCUCACGAGAGCCUUGGAAUUGAGCAGGGAUCAACGAGUAAAUAUAUGGACGGACUCAAAAUAUGCAUUUGGAGUGGUUCAUAUACACGGAGCACUAUGGAAAGAACGAGGACUCCUAUCUUCACAAGGUACGAAUAUAAAAUACCAAAAAGAAAUUCUGAAUUUGAUAACUGCUGUACAGUUACCCAAACAGGUGGCGAUCAUGCACUGUAAGGCACAUCAAGGAGGAGAUUCCAAAAUAGCUGAAGGAAAUGCGUUAGCAGACCGGACAGCUCGACGGAUUGCACGACAGGUAUCAAACACGAUGGCCUUAAUACCCACGAAGGUAAGCCCUUUACAAAAUUAUUUAACACAGAAGCCGAAGUACUCGGAGGAGGACGAGAAGUUAGCCAGAUUACUGAAGGCCCAGUUGGGUUCAGAUGGAUGGUACCUAACUGCAACCGGACAAGUAAUUGUACCAACAACUAUUAUGCGGACAGUUUUACAAACGGAACAUCAGAAAUGUCACUGGGGAGCAGAAGCUUUAGUGGCAUAUCUAAAACGCAGCAUAAUCUCAACACGGAUGUUAACAAUGGCAAGGUCAAUAAAUUCAAAAUGUGAAAUCUGUUUGAGGAACAAUCCGGUGGUUAGGAAAGGAAUAGAAAUGGGACAUAUCAGAGUAGGUAUGGAACCGGGUGAUUAUUGGCAAAUUGAUUUUGUAGAAUUACCUAAAAGUCAAGGAUACAGAUAUUUGUUAGUUGGGGUUGACACUUUUUCUGGGUGGCCGGAAGCCUGUCCUUGUCGCACCAACCAAGCUAAGGAGACAGUAAAAUGGUUGCUGCGGGAGAUUAUUCCAAGAUUUGGGGUACCCCUAGGCCUAUCUUCAGAUAGGGGACCGCACUUCGUAGCAACUAUAGUUCAAGAGGUAAGCAGAAUGCUAGGAAUCUCUUGGAAUCUCCACACACCGUGGAGACCACAGUCAAGCGGGCAAGUAGAAAAGAUGAAUCAGACAAUUAAGCGGCAGAUCAGUAAAAUAUGUCAGGAGGCUAAAAUUCAAUGGCCACAGGCGUUACCAAUAGCACUCCUAAGGAUAAGAAUUAAGCCAAGGAGUGGGAUGACAGUAAGCCCUUAUGAAAUCCUUUUUGGGAAACCAUAUGAGGCGCCGCAACCAAAUCUAAAUGUGCAUAUAAAAGGGAAUCAAGAUGUAUAUAACUAUGUACUGUCUCUCAGUAGAACUCUGACGCGACUACGAAGUGCCCUGAUCUGGAACCGUCCGUUAUCAUUAGAAAAUCCAGUACACGAAAUUGAACCAGGAGACCAGGUCUACGUUCGAGAUUGGAAUGAAGAACCACUGAAAGAACGGUGGAAUGGACCAUACUUGGUACUACUAACAACAUUUACUGCGGUAAAAGUAAAAGGAAUAGACUCUUGGAUUCAUUAUACCCGAGUGAAAAAGGUUCCUAGAAAUUGGGAAGUAGAAACUCUUGGACCAACAAAACUGAGACUGAAAAGCAGAUAAAUGUCGUGUUUGGUGUAUAGUACCUUAAUUGUAACCUGGUCUUUGACAUCCCUAAUGGUCAUCACUUUUGUAAAGGUUCCGCAGAAAAAGGAAAUGAUGAAAUCUGUCACUGGACAAAAUGCCACUCUGUUUUGCAAGUUCAAAAACACUGUCCCGAGGAAUUUAGAAUUAGACAGGUAUGGAUGGAAAUUAAAGGGAAAACAGAACUCUAGAGGCAAGGUAUUAAAUAAAUUCUGUUUACGUAACCCCCUUCAGGAUCAUGGGAUAAAGGCAGGACAUUCAUACUAUCAGAUUCCUCUGGACAGUGAUAUACUUAUCUAUUGCCUAUUGGAUGAUCCACUACCUAGGGAGUUUGGAUGGACAAGGAAAGGGAAGAAAGUCCCUAACGAUAACAGGCAUUUAACAGAAUUAAGAUCAGGAGGAAUGUUAGUUCAGACUAUUAAACAAGUAAAUGAAUCAGAUAUGGGAGCAUAUAGAUGCCAAUACCAAAAUGAAACUGCUUCUGGAUACAGUGAAAUAAACAUCACUAGAAUUAGAGUAAAACGAGCAAUAGAAUCAACCCAACUACCCCAGGUAAUGAAUAUACCUCGGGGUGAUUCUGAAGAGAACCUGAUAAUUGGCUUAAUCAAAGAUUUUGCAAAAAUACAGAAUACUAGUAGAAUUACAGCAUGUUUACCCUUGCCGAAAACAGCAGGGGAACCAAUAAAAUG